CUUGAGUUAGUAUAUAGUAUAGAAAUAUUGGUUUCCACUGUGGGGGUUAGUGGGUUGGGACGUUUUCUUUCCUUUUCCCCAUUUUUUUGUAUAACGUGUAAUGGACUCACACUCCAGUCCAAUUGGUGGCGGUAAUGCAACUUGUUGGUUGCCAACCGCCAUUUAAAACCCAGAUAAGUACGGACGUAAACAUGACCAAGAACCAUUUUCUCGUUAGCUUUUUUAUUAGGCCAUUAACACGAUGGAAUUCAAAACAUUACUAAUUUAACUGCUCAGCAUCACAUACUUAAGCCAGGUAGUCUUUUAUUCGCGUUGGAGACAGGACUUGGUUGAUAAAAGCUGGCGUUACAUGGAUAACAUCUAACGUUAGCAAACAAUGGCCAUGGUUUUUCACACUGAAAUAGCCUCCAUUAUGGAGGUGCUAGCGAAUGCAGCCGUGGCAGAAGUUUGUAAACUCGUAGACGACGACUAUGCAGUGUUUCGUUUGGAAAUAACUCAAAGCCAGAAAGAAAACAGGACAUUGCGGAGGAAACUACAGCUACUGGAGCUAAAGGUGUCACGGGAGCGCGCAGAGAGGACAACGCGAGAGCGCGCACUCUCCAGACGUCCAAGUAGUGUCAAUAUCCUCGAUCGAAACAGAGGAAUGGAAAGAGGUGAAGGACAUCUCACUGGAGGCCACAGGAGCUUUGUGAAGCCAGCGGGACACAAUACAUGGAGCGAUGACCAACCAAUCACUGUUGAUGAGGGGAGUGGAACCUCAACUCAGCACGUUAUCGUGAUAGAGGAUGCAGAGGCUGCAAGUCCUAGAGGAUCGUCCCUGUUCAAGCAGGAGAGGACUGAAGGAGAGGACCCACGACACAACAUCACGGAGUCAGUAGAUGUGGAGGAUGGGAAGCCUGAUCUGCUGCUGGUCAAAGAGGAGACGAUAGAAGACGAACCAGAGAGCAUUGAUCUGCUGAGUGGACUAAAGAUGGGGGAACAAGGUGGUUGGCUGGAGGCGAACAGAGGAGACUGGGCGGCCAUUUUGGAUUCCCAGACCCAGACGGGUGCAGUCAAUGGCCCGGGGGACGACAUCACUGAGCAGGCCAGGACUAGAGGCGACAUAGUGGAGGUCAGUGGAUGGGACAGCGUCUUCAACUCUGGGCUGGGGAACAACACUGUUAACCACAACCAGAAACAGACUGUCGAACACAAAACAACAACCGAAUUUAGUCUCCGUGAGAACAGACUGGCUGAGACCAGGGCGAGGCGUAGAUUUUGUCUGCGGGGACGGGGAGGUGUCGGUAUGCAGCUGGAGAGAACAGACACUGACUUGGCUAGCGAUGCUCCGUCCUGCUCCUAUAGUUGUGAUUCAGAGAGACUGAUGGCGCCUCAGGUUAACCCCCUAACAGAUGCUGCCUUCAGCCUGCCUUCUAUAGGAUCUAUCAACUGGAACAUGGAUCCUGAGACAACACAGACACUCCCUGGCCUUCAUCCUCCUCACACUCUUAUAAUGUUAAACCAGACCUCAGACAAUGCCAGUGCCUCAACAUUAAAUGGCUGCACAAGCCCAUUGACAAAUGAGAGUAGUAGAGACGAAAUCGGUAAAAGUGACAGCGCCAAAGAGAAACGCUUUCCGUGUUCAUUUUGUGGGAAAGCCUUCCGUUUGCCCAAACAGGUGGAGAUCCACCAGAGGAUGCACACAGGGGAGAAACCUUUCAGCUGCCACCUGUGCCGGGCCAGUUUUUCAGACUCGUCCAACCUGAAGAGGCACCAGAGGGUCCACACAGGGGAGAAACCCUACAGCUGCCCCCAGUGUGAGAAGAGGUUCUCCCGCCAGCACCAUAUGAAGAUGCACCUGAAAGUCCACACGGGAGAGAGGCCAUUCACCUGUACACACUGCGGGAAGAGGUUCUCAGAGAGGAGCUACCUCAGGGUACACCAACAGAAAAUGCACACGGCCCAUAUAUAGUGACAUGUAACGUAGUACUACUACUUAGUACUAAUUCUGUUGGUUUUGGAUAUAGUAGGGAAGUGGACGAGGUGAACUGAACUGAACUGAACUGAAGAAAUAAUGAGACAUAGAAGAUCAGGGUUUAGCAACAGGAUUUAGGGGAUUUGUUUUUGGUUUUAAAAAAAAGACCAGGAAAUUCAGCUUAAAGUAUUCCCACAAAUAAAAAAAAAAGACCAGGAAUUCAGCUUAAAGUAUUCCCACAAAUAAAAUAAAAAGUAUCUCAAUGUAAUCAAGGUAUGAAAUUCUUGUUAUUUUUCAAUACAAUCUCUUUGGGCUUAGUUGUGGUCAUUUUGCAGUGUACAAAUUAUAAUUAUUUUCCAUCCCCUUGACCAUUCGCUCCGAGAAAGAUUCAGCCCGCAGCUGAGUCUAGUUGCCUACCCCUGGAGUAGAUGAUAUGGUCAUGGUUGGGGUAUACUAUAAAUGCUUCAUUGAUGAGUGGUACAACCUUGUCCUGUUGUUUUGAUGAGGAAAUGAUAAUGCCUUAAUUCAUGUUUACUUAUACUGAUCAUGAUAAUGGGGUGAAACUCCAGGACAACAGUUGUGAUAUUUAUUUCUGUUAUUUUACCAGGUAAAUUGACUGAGAACACAUUCUCAUUUACAGCAAUGACCUGGGGAAUAGUUACAGGGGAGAGGAGGGGGAUGAAUGAGCCAAUCGUAAACUGGGGAUUAUUAGGUGACGGUGAUGUUUUGAGGGCCAGAUUGGGAAUUUAGCCAGGACGCCGGGGUUAACACCCCUACUUUUACGAUAAGUACCAUGGGAUCUUUAAUGACCUCAGAGUCAGGACACCCGUUUAACGUCACAUCCAAACGACAGCACCCUACACAGAGCAGUGUCCCCAAUCACUGCCCUGGGACAUUGGGAUAUUUUUUAGACCAGAGGAAAGAGUGCCUCCUACUGGCCCUCCAACACCACUUCCAGCAGCAUCUGGUCUCCCAUCCAGAGACUGACCAGGACCAACCCUGCUUAGCUUCAGAAGCAAGCCAGCAGUGGUAUGCAGGGUGGUAUGCUGCUGAUAGUCCAUUCCAUAAUGUCCAUUUUACUUUGACCUUUCCUGUUUUUAGGUUAUAUAUCUUUGUUAACAUGACAGCAAAUUAUUUUAUUUGAAUUGAGUGCCAUUAGGCUAUUAAACAAACAGUCAAACCGGAAACAAAAGCAGGCUCUGUCUUAUUUCUGUAGGUAUAUUGAUGAUUUAUAAAGCCAGGCACAUUUAACAGUUAGGCUAUUGAUUAUAAACCUAAUUAAGUUCGGGUUUCCUCUCCUCACUUUUCUGAAGACAAUAAGGCAAGGGCUGUUUUCUCAUCUCCUCGUUCUGCUGCUGCCUCCUGCAUUAUUCUCGACACCAAUAUGCUUGUUAACUUUGCUAUUAUGCAAAAAAUUGUAAUAUAUUUUUUUAUUUAACAAGGUAGGCAAGUUGAGAACAAGUUCUCAUUUACAAUUGCGACCUGGCCAAGAUAAAGCAAAGCAGUUCGACAUGUACAACAACACAGAGUUACACAUGGAGUAAAACAAACAUACAGUCAAUAAUACAGUAGAAGAAUAAGUCUAUAUACAAUGUGAGCAAGUGAGGUGAGAUAAGGGGGGUAAAGGCAAAAAAAGGCCAUGGUGGCGAAGUAAAUACAAUAUAGCAAGUAAAAACACUGGAAUGGUAGAUUUGCAGUGGAGGAAUUUGCAAAGUAGAGAUUAUUUUGCCUUGAUUGUCCUUCUAGGUACUACCGUUUCCCUGUCAUUAUUAACAUUUAUUCACAGACAGUGUUGUUGUCUUUUCUCUUGGACUCAGAGUUAGUUAUGUUGCUGCCGUCUUUGUUUCAACUCAUCAAGCUCUCCCUAGGAGAAAUGCAGGCUGUUUUUCAGGUCGGGGACCUCUCUGGUCAGAUCGUCCAUUCUUGAAUCUACCAGUAUUUGGACAAAGCUUUUGAAGCUAUUUUCCUUCAGUUGUAACAGCUCCUUGUAGAAUAAUUUUUGUUGGUUU